CCCAUUUCCGGGUUUUUUUUUUACCGCUUCGGUUUACGCUUCAAUCUCUCUCUCUCUCUCUCUCAGAUCUCCACUCUCCAUUCAUUCAUCAGUCCUCUUCGAUUGAUCUGUCUCCCUGUACAUAUAACAAUUCAAAAAACCCAACAUUUUCAGGAUCUAGUUCAGUUCUUUGCUUUGAACCUGAGUCAAUCCACUACCUUUUGAGGUGGACUUUUGCUGUUCAUUUUAUUUGCACUUUUCAGAAGCAAUACGAUCUGCAGUCAGUUUGAUUUGUCUAUUGGAAAAUGUUGGGAGGCAACAACAAUGAUGCCGUGCUUCCCUUUUUCCUUGACGAGAACCGUUUGCAGUACCCUGCUAAUGCAACAAAUCAAUUACAGUUAUUUGGAAAUUUACCAGUGGGAUGUAACGUUGAUUUAGUAAACUAUUUUGGAAAUGAGCAUAUCGCCACUCUCGGGCCUAAUAAACGAAGCAGGGCAGCAGAAAAUAUUUCAAGCCAACAGCAUUUCGAUAUUUCCCUAAAUUACAAUGCGUGUCUUGAUGGCUCUGAUCGGUCGGCAAGCAUACCAAACCAAAAUCCUGUAUCAACUGGGUUAAGGCUGUCUUAUGAUGAUGAUGAACGCAACUCCUCUGUUACUUCUGGGAGUGGCAGUAUGACUGGGGCACCGCCAACAAUUUUGUCUCUCGGUGACUUAAGGACUGAACUUGACCGGCAGAAAAAAGAGCUCGAUCGGUACAUUAAGGUUCAGGAAGAAAAUCUGGUGAAGGGGUUAAGAGACAUUGAGCAGAGACACACAGCAUCGUUCCUGACUGCCUUAGAAAAAGGCGUUAGUCAGAAAUUACGCGAGAAAGAUCUACGGAUAGAGACCAUAAACCAGAAGAACAGGGAACUGCUUGAGAGAAUAAAUCAAGUGGCCACAGAAGCCCAGAACUGGCAAUACACAGCCAAGUACAACGAGUCCGUGGUUAAUCUCCUAAAAAACAACCUCCAGCAGGCAAUGUCACUGGGUCCCGACCAAGGCAGGGAAGGAUUUGGAGACAAUGAGAUUGAUGAUGCUGCUUCCUACAUUGCCCCGAGCAACUAUUUUUGCAUUUCGGUUCCACCCGCGAAGGUUGGUUCCUUGAUAUGCAGAGCAUGUAAGUAUAAGGAGGUGUCCAUCAUGUUAAUGCCUUGUAGGCACUUGUGUUUGUGCAAGGAUUGUGAUGGGUUAACAAUUGUUUGUCCUAUAUGCCAGAUGGUAAAAACGGCUAGUGUUCAGGUGUACCUGUCCUGAAUUAUUCAUCAGAUUACGUGACUCAGAAGAGGGCUGGAUGAUGUGAAUCACUUGUCAAGUUAAAACUGAUCGCGCUCAUGGCAAUUUAUUCUUGUCGAGAAUGUACACGCUGCCUCUUUUGCUUCC